GUUUUUAGCAAUUUGGUGGCCUUUGAAGAUGCAAAUAUCAAAAAAGCGGGCUAAGGGAAUGAUUGUUGGUAUCUGGUUUAUAGCUUUGAGUAUCACAAUACCUUGGGCAAUGUACUUUCAACUUGUCCCAAUCUUUCCUGAGCGGCCUGAAAUUAAAAUGUGCUUAGAAAUUUGGCCGAGUCAAUACCAAGGAACACUUUACUUCUUAAUUGCUAAUCUUCUUGCUUGUUACUUGAUACCAAUGAUAAUGAUCUCCAUUUGUUACACUCUUAUCUGGAUUAAGGUAUCUCGACGUGAUAUUCCUGGUGAAACGAAGGACGCUCAAAAGGAUCGAAUUCAACAACAAUCAAAAAUCAAGGUCGUAAAAAUGCUUGCCCUUGUUGUAAUUUUAUUUGUGCUUUCAUGGCUUCCACUUUAUGCUGUGUUUGCCAUUAUGAAGUUUGGCGGUUCUCUCGAUACAAGGACCGAAGAGUUCCUGAAUAUUUUCACACCAAUAGCUCAGUGGCUUGGAUCAGCUAAUAGUUGCAUCAAUCCCAUUCUAUAUGCAUUUAAUGAAAAAUAUCGACGUGGCUUUAUUGCAAUCAUUCAGUCUCGUAAAUGUUGGGGUCGAUUAAGAUAUUAUGAAACCGUUGCGAUAACAUCUUCAACAGCCAGUACUAGAAAAUCUUCGCAUUACAACAAUUAUAAUAGUACUCGACGCGCUCCAUAUAGUCCCUCCGCAAAAUCCGAUGCCGUGUCAUUCAUAUACGAUCAGUCAAACAUGAAUAAGAAGCAUAAUGGCUUAUCGAAGCAAAAUAGCAAUUUGUCACGACAGAUGCUGCUUAAGCAAGAUUCAAGUGUUUCGAGAAAUUCAAUCUUGAAGCAAGACAGUAUCCAAUCUUCAAGGCAAAUCUUAGCAAAUAAUCAGAACAAAUCCGAGCACAUGACCGAGUAUUUGUGUCGACAAGAUAGUGCGAAUUCGUGUCGAGCGCUGUUGAAACAAGAUAGCAAUGGUUCAAUUCUAUCAAAACAAAACUCCCAGGUGUCUUAUUGUGAGUCGAAGAAAAGUUUCUCAUCAUCAAUUGAUUCUUGCACAGACCUGAGAAAGGAGUCAAUUUUAAGACAAAACUUUCAAAACGCCUAUAUGGAAAAGAAGAAAGCAUUGUCCAAGCAAGACACGGAAAUAUCAUUGAUUGAAGAGAGCAGAGGAAUCUUGAUUAACAGCCAAGAUAGUUGUGCUUCUCUCAUUUCAACAAGUUCAGCUGCGAGACGACAACGGCUAGUGAAGCAAGAUUCAAUUCACUCGUACGGAGAGCCGAUUAAGAGCGCGUUAUCUGAUAUAAAACGAAGGGAAUUUGUCAAGCAGGAAUCCGUCGUAUCAGUGUCAUUUGCCGACCAGCCUGAAAUUAUUUAACAAGAAAUCGAUGUCUACUAUUAGAAGCAAAAUUUAGGUGAACUUAUCAAAUUCAUUCAUGGUAAGAGAAGUUAUCCGAUGUUGUGUAGUCCCAAAUAAAUAAUUUAAAAAGAUUAACAAAUAAUAAUAAAGAAAAGUAUUUUACGA